UUUUUUUUGGGCUUGCCGCAAUAAAGCACUUUUUUUGUUUUUUCUGUAUCUUUCCCUUUUUUUAUUUUUCUUUUUACUUUCAAGAUGCUAAAGACUAUCAAUACCAUCGUUCUUCGCGAAAGUCGCAGUUUCGCUUGCGCUACUCGCUGUUAUUCCGUUCAUUCUGACACUUACAACUCCACGUCACCCAAUGCACCGCCACCUCCACCUCCUGCCCAAACCAAAAAGUCAAAUGACGCUCCACAAAAUAAAACACCCACCGAACCUCUGUUCACUGAAGAAACCAGAGAACGCUUAGCACGACUGCGCCAACAUCAUUUCCACUCUACCAAUAUUCCAGAUUCACCCGAUUUUGGCACCAAUCAGUAUAUUAAUAUCAAUGAGGAAUUACGGCAACAACUCAAGGACAUCGUUUCCACGUUUAAUGCGCCUGUACGUUAUGCUUUUGCAUACGGCAGUGGUGUCUUUCAGCAGUCAGGUUAUGAUAACAAGAAGAAGCCAAUGUUGGAUUUCAUCUUUGGUGUGACUCAUCCUGGCCAUUGGCACGCACUGAAUAUGCAUCAAAAUCCUCAUCAUUAUUCCGGUAUGCGCCUACUUGGUUCUGGCGCAGUCGCCAUGUUACAGGAGAAAGUGGGUGCGGGCGUCUACUUCAAUCCCUACGUAGAAGUCAAUGGCAUGAUCAUCAAGUAUGGCGUUGUAUCCAUUGAUCGGUUGUGCAAAGAUCUCAUUGAUUGGGAAACUCUCUAUCUUGCUGGUCGCAUGCAUAAACCUGUAAAAAUCCUUCGGGAUGAUGCCCGUGUGAGAUUGGCCAAUCAAGUGAAUCUGACAGAAGCCGUGCGAGUCGCUUUAUUAACGUUGCCGGAAAGAUUCACUGAAGCGGAACUGUUUGAAAAGAUCGCCGGUAUCAGUUACCACGGUGAUUUCCGAAUGGUGGUGGGUGAGAAUCCCAACAAAGUGAAGAACAUUGUCAAUGCACAGAUGGAUCACUUCCACCGGUUAUAUUACGGUUUAUUGGAUGAUUUGCCCAAUGUCGCCUUUUUACGUGAUGGGCAUUAUCAGCAAAGUCAAAAUCCCAAGUUCCGUGGUUUGAUGGUGCAAAAGCUGCCCAAGACGUUGUAUGAUAAAGUACUGGCUGAACAUCGCAACUAUGCCGCAAAGCACAAUCUUUCACUUCCGGAGGAAAAGAUUGAAUUGUAUCAGCAAAUUUCAUCGUCGCCUAUGCUAUCAAAGUAUAUUGAUAAGUCUUUGUACGACACCAUUGCCCGGACGGCCAUGACACAGAGUAUCAAAGGUAUUAUCACCGCCGGUCCCGUGAAGACAACACGAUACGCUGCUGAGAAACUGAGCAAAUGGUGGAGUGCCAAGAAAUAAACAAGCGGUCAGGAAGACUGGAGUGAACUGUUAUCGCAUUCUUUUUUUUUCAUACUCUUGAUCAGGUCACUAUAAUUUAAUAUCCCAUUCUGGGGGAAAGGGGGGUUUUUUUUGGGGUAGUUCAAUCCAGCACAAAGGCUGUAUAGUUUUGAAAAAGAAAACCGUGUUUAAUACGGGGCGAUAUAAAGAAAAGAACGAUUUACGGUUCCCAAGUAAGGGCAGCAGGUUUUCAUGUGAUGUUAUAAGCGAUGUUGUGAA